CCUACUUUUCUUCCAUCAUGGAAAUUUCAGGUUACACACGAGAAAUGCAGUGGGAGGCGUCAAAGAAAAGAAGUUUUAAGACGGAGUACUGACAUUUUAUUUGUAACAUUGAAAACAUCACUUUACCAUGUGGUACUAUUUAUGGAGCGUUUUUUACGUAAUCGUCUUGAUUUGGCUGAUCACAAGAUUGCUAGCUUGGUUGGCACAAUGGCUGCUGCAGAGAUAUGGCGGAGUCUUAGUGAAGAUUGGAAGUGUGGGUCUUUUCAGCUGUAAGAAAGUCCAGAUUAACAUCAAGAAAGGACUCUCUGUGGAAAUAGAAAGAGCCUGGUUGUCCAGUGUUUUUUUUAACCAAGAUGUAAAGAAACCCCUAGUUAUAUGUAUUGAGGAUAUUAGAGUACAAGCUGAUGUCCACCAUGAAGAACAAGGAUCCACCCCCCGAUCUCAGGAGAGGAAGUCUGUAGUAACCAAACUAGCUUACUAUAGUCAGUUUUUAGGACUGAAAAUCUCUAACCUCACUGUGUUAUUGCUGAAUACAAUGAUACAAGACUGCCUUGUCCAUGUGAAAAGUGACUCUGUCAACCUGGAUAUCACUGUUACAGAGGGCUGCUAUCAGCUGACAUUUGAUGUUGACAGUGUAAAAUGUCAGGCAUUACGCAGUGCACAGACAACAGAGAAUGUAGAGCCCUGUCUUGCUGAAGCCUCCUGGAAAUUAAUUCACGUCAUCAGUCUUAUACACAGCAAAACAAAAAUUAAGUCAGCAAGAAUUUUGGUGGAGAAACCACAAGCAAUGAUGACAGAAGCUUUCUUGACAAGUUUACAAGAUGUCCGCCGAUCUCACCUUGCCAAUGCAUUAGCCAGAGAAGAGAGACCUUCUAGCCAAAACCCUGUCUCAAAGAUUCCAUUAGAACAAAUUAUUCCAAAUGAAAUUGGAAUCGAUGUUACAGAUUUACAUACAGUGAUAGUUAGGGAUAAUAAACAAAGGACACUAAGUAUAAGUUUGAGAAUGUUCCACACUGAAUUCUUCAAAGGGAAGAGUUUACAUGAAGUAAAUACUAGCAGUAGUGAAGAAGCUGUUCUUAACAUUAUUAUAGAUGACUUUCAUACAAAAUCUCCACAAGCCAGAUUUGCUGAUUUAGAAAAGAUGAAAAUCAAGUGCAAGGUUGGGGGGGACUCCAUUGAUAGUUCUUUAGCUGUACAUGGAGGUUACUUUCAUUAUCAUCAUGAGGAAGUGCAAUAUUGGAGCAGCAUUGUCUGCCGUUUAACUGAGGGACGGUCCUCUCCCCAGUUAUCAGCAAUGUCUACCCAAUCUAGUCAACCAUCUCCCUUCAGGACAAAACUGAAGGAGUUUCUACACAGUCGUGAGAUUUCAUGUGUUGUGAAUUUAAAUGAUGUGUCCUCUGCUGUAUCAUCUGCUAUCUGUUCUGGUCUUCAUUUCGGUGUUCACUCCACUCAGUUCUCGUUUGCUGUCUUUCCUGGAGUGGCAGGAGAUAUCCAACAACAGGACCUCUCCUGUCAAAUGGAGGUACAAACAGUCUACUGUCAACACAUGGAGAGUUCAGUCACACCAGAUAAACUGAACUAUCAGCAUCAUUACUGGGACCAUCCCAUCUACAUAGAUAAACUGGUUCUAAAGAUGAUGAAGUCAGGGAGUGAUGUGGAAGUGACAUCUAUUGUGAUGAAUGGGCAGCUAGAGUGGUCCUCCAACACCGUUAAUGUCCUCCUCAGCUUUCUAAGUUCCCUACAGAGAUCCCGCUCCUAUUCAGGGGAGAUCACUCUGCCAAGGCCCUCAUCCAGUGUUCAAAUGUCAGGAAAUACACCGUUGAGAUUACCUGCUGAUUUAAAGAUUACAAUCAACUUUGAGGCAACUAACACAAGUGUGUUCAUCACUAAUAAUUACAAAGUUGGCUUGAUGCUAAGAUUGGACAGUGUCAUUAUGUGCAAACAACCUUCACAGACAGACCUGGCCAUAGAGGGGGUCAAGGUCAUUGCUGUUCAACUUACAGAUCAGUUUGUAAAACUGCCGAGUCCUAGUGAUCUACACAAUCCAGCUGUUCACAUUCAAAAAGUGGAAAUUGUUAUUUCACAUACUCGGAAUACACUGGACAUAAAGGUGACCCAAACUGUGUCUUGUCACUGGGAGACCGGUCAUCAUAUGUGUAUCAUCCAGGCACUGGAAGAUACGAAGGAACUCGUAACAAAAUUCAAAGAUUUUAAGAAACCGAGUCCACUCUUAAAGAAUUCCUCUGCUAAGUUUAGGAUGAAGAUCAAUGUGGGGGUUACAGCUAAAAUGUCUCUGACACUAAAACUAGCACAGCAAAGAUCUCUAACUUUAUUGGUGGAGGGUUUAGUCUUCAAAAGAUCUGUAGCUGAAGUCUUGAUGGAGAUAAAGAAUUUAGUCAUUCAGUGUGAUAAACACAAAGUAUUCCAUAUUGAGGAGGUGUUGUUUGCUGCAAUGGGCGAUUCAUUCUUGAUGAAGGAAAGGUCGAUUUUUGGGGAUCUCACAUUACAAACUAACCGUUCCUGGAAUAUAUCAUUUACAAGUUUUAAAGUUUGCUUUCCAUUCAACUAUAACUUUGCUGAGUGCUUUGAAGAGUUUGUUAAUUUGUUUAAAUGGUGGAAGUUGGUUCACAAUAUACAAAGAAAGCCAUUUACAGUGGACAGUAAACUCCCUCCAGAUCUCAGGAUUAAAGCUAAGUCAUUUACUAUACAACUGAGUGACGACCCAUUUGAGGUUAAACUAGGAGAUAAUUAUGACUUGCUGAAAGAUGAAAGCAAUGAAGGCAUCAAACGGCGCAAAGUAUUGGACCAAAAAAUUCAAGAGACAAGAAGUCGUGUCAUCAUACCUGCUGAUAAAUUACAAGAGCUGUAUGCCUCCCUGGCUAAGAAGAACAGUGACAUCUACAUUCAGAGAUCACACCAGCUUUACACACAGACACCAAUGAGAAGGAGGCUGUUUACGUGGGCCAUGGAGGACGUGGAGAUCCUAGCUCUAGCGGACCUCUCAUUCCACGGCAAAGACAACGUAGUGGAGCACUUACAGGAUAUCGACAAGGACAGUCCGUACCCAGGUGAGGGUUUAGACUUUGUGACCCUCUGGUGUAGAAUGGUCAAUGUCAGCCUGAGCUCCUGGAUAAUUACAAUGAGGGACUACCCCCAGCCCUGGCUGGAUGUCAAGGACAUGCAUUUGUGGGGAAGACUCAUAGGAGCAGAGCAGGAAGGAUUAAAAAGAGCUAAGAGAUCCUGUACCGUGUCAGUGGGAGGGCCAUGGGGAGAUAUGGCCGUGGAAAGAAACCUACCUGCUCUCAAAUUCUACCAUGACUUCAGCUGUGAUGUACAGUCUUGGAUAAUGGCUUAUGGUGCUUGCUGGGAACCAGCUAUGGCUCAAUAUAACCUGUCCAUGGAUCUGGUUAACAAGCCCUCUGUUGACCCCAGUCGACCCCUACCCUGGUGGGACAAGAUCCGCCUCCUCCUGCAUGGUCGACUAACCAUGUCUGUAGAACAGAUGAGCUGGCUUUAUCAUGCCUCAUUUGAUCCAUACAACACCACAGAACUGAUGGACUGGUCCUGGACUAACCUCAUUCUGGAUUGGACCAAUGCAAAGUUCAGAUUAAAAGGUGACUUGGACAUCUACGCAAGAACAGCUUCUAAGUAUGAUGAUUGUAAACUUCUUCAUCUUCCAAACCUUAGUCUGUGUGUGAAGUUGGGUUGGAUUUGUCUGGGUGAUGCCAAUGAUCAUCACUCUGUGAUGCCAUGUGCUCCUGAUAAAGUGCCAGAGUACUCACUGGAGGAGCAUGACUCAUUCCGAGCCUUCAGAUCUCAAAACCUAAAUUUGGAGAUUUCCAUGGAUACAAAGCCAAAGAGAGACAACACUCUGAAUGUUCCAAGCUGUCUUUUUUAUGCCAGCACUCUGAAAUUUUUGGAUAAAAUUGGGACAUGCUUAGCUUCAGUAACAAGACCAAUUAAAAGAGGAGCCAUUUUUAAAAAUGCUAAAGCAAGGAAAAUACAACUUACCAGGCAUUACAAAACCAUUAAGUUGGACGUAAAUCUCCACCGAUUUAACAUCUGUUACUGGAUGUCCUUCUCUAAGCAGCAUGGACAGGAACUGCUGGCUGACUCGUUUGUCCUCCACAGCUGUAAUGACCUGACCCUGGUCCCUAUAGAGGAUGGUCUCUUCCAUCGGCCAGCUGCAAACUGGAGUGUCCGGUACCUCAGCUGUGACCUGAUGGCAGCUAAGGUCUGGUUACAGAGUGCCAGACAGACGGCAGAUGAGCUGAAUGUUUCCCUGAGAAAUCCAGUGGAUAAAAAGUUGUUCAUCACUGUCAGUAGGGUAACAUACAAGAGAGGGGACAUCACAACUCCAAAGACAGAAAGUGAUUCAGAAGAGGAUGAAGCGGAUAUCACUAAGGAACAGUCUCAGUUUGUCCAUAACCUCCAUGUGUACGGAAUGAAGGGGGCGUGGACCAAACACAACCGCAAUGUUCUGAUUGGAUUAUAUGACAGCUACCAGAAGGCCCAAUCACUGAGGAGGAAUCUUGCAGCUGACGCCCUCAAAGCCUUCAAAGUGGAGGAAGGAGCCUCCUCAAAGAACAGGUCAAUGUCGAUGUCUGCCUGUCAGCCUGAAUCCCCCACACAACAAACACCACCCUCCAUUAAUUAUCUCCACAUACUGGAAAAAUUGGUGGCUGAAUCAGACAGCAAAUCUGUCGUCUUCACUGAAGAACCCUCGAGCUCUAACCUGGAACAGCUUCAUGGCAAGGCUGCUUGUAUGAGAGAGGAUGACAUCACCUGUAGAAACUGGCUAAUUGAACUACACAACUGCCAGGUGGUUCUGAAAGGGGUGGAGACAGAUGGUCAUGUGAUAGUCAGUGCUGCCAAAGCGGAGAUAAUGUCAUACGAGUAUCAACCGGUGUGGCAGAAUCAACAGGUGCACAGUAAGACGGCCUGGGUCAGCUCCAUUGAAUGUAUGCAGUAUUAUGCCACAGUUGACCCUGGCAGUGACCUUGAGGAGGACUGCUAUCCCUGGCUGUCUCAGGAAAAUGUGGAGGAUCGAAUGGAGGAGGAUCUAAGUGGGCUGCCAGAGAUGGUGUCUAGUGGACACAGUGUGGGCGGAGUCGUCUACAGCUCCAUCCCUAACACCAAGAGACAAGUUCAGCUCCAAAGAAUCAUCUCCAGGUGUAAAUGUCAGGUGUUUUAUGCCAGUUAUGGAAAAGUUGGACCGGAUAUAACCCUGGCUAUUCCUCCUCCACCAAUGGAUGACUCGGACAUUGUAGCACCAGAGGAGGCAGUAGACACGUUUACUCUUCUCCACCAUGAUCUCAAUAUCUGUACCAACUUUCCUCAAUAUCAAAUGAUCCUGGAUAUUGUCAAUAAUUUGUUGCUCCAUGUGGAACAAAAACAAAAGGAGACCACAGACAAGCUACAGGAUAUGAGAUUCCAAUUGCAGCUCUCCAAUAUUGAGGAUCAGAAAACUCCAAUCCAGUUGACACAGGAAAAUCUCAGGGAGCAUUGUUUAACUCUUCGUCGGCUUGAGAAAGAACUCUACCUCAUUCACAAAGGUCUGGACGAUGACGAGGACAAUGAAAUUCUGAUGCAACAGAGUGAAGAACUGGAACACCAGCUGUUUGAUCUCAAGGAAAAAAUUUAUUAUCUCAAUGAAGAACUUACUAUGAGAAUAAGUUGUUUUAAAGAGAGCCAACUUCAAUUCAAAGCGUUACAGAGAAUCAUGAAAGCUCAACAGGUGCAUGUGUCAAGGCGGAAUGAAGUGUGUUUUAAGUUUGCUCAGUGGCGACUGACCAGGGAGGAUGGGCAACUGGGAAUAACGGAUCUGAUGCUGAGGAACUUUGUAUACACUAAAGUGAACAGGGAUAAUGACACAUGGACCCACCAGCUGGAACUGGGCUGGGUCAAGAUGACCAAUCUCCUACCAAACACUAUCUACAAGGAUGUUCUGGUUCCCCUUGUGCUGGGUAAAGAGAAUGAUCUCAGACAGAUGGCUCUCAGAAUCAUAUGUAGUGAGAGACCCCCAGUUGGAGGGAUUGCUGUGAAGGAGCAUUUUGAGGUGAAUGUAGUUCCUCUACAGAUUCAGAUGACUUAUCAGUUUUACAAGACGGUCAUGGAAUUCUUCUUUCCUGAUAAAAACAUUGAAUCAGAAGGCCAAGAUGGAGAAUCAGACAAGCCUCUUGUGAAGAAGAAGGUUGAAAAAAGACCCUCCAUAAAGAGAGACAGUGUCAAAAGGAGCUCCUCAGCUCAUAACUUUGCAGAAAUCGAUAAAAUGAAGGAAAGAGCUUCAAAUAACAACACCUUUGUGUAUGUAAAAAUUCCAGAAGUUUCUCUUCGUGUGAGCUACAAGGGAGAGAAGGAGAAGAAUAUAGCAGACAUCCACGACUUUAGCAUCGUUCUUCCAACCAUGGAGUACCACAAUCAGAUCUGGACCUGGUUUGAUCUCCUCAUGGCAAUCAGGGGGGACACCAAGAGGGUCAUUCUGUCACAGGCUAUCAAACAAAAACUACACAUGAAGUCUAGAGUGGGAGAGGAGACUCCGCUUACUGAUGUUCAACAAGAGGAGGACAAAAUGAAAAUGUUGCUUGGUGCUAAACUCCUGGCUGGACAGGAGAAACCUGCAAAGAAAGGAAUCUUUGGAAAAUCUCAAAAGAAGUAACAUUGUGUUACAAGAACAAUGGUUUAAUGGCUCUCGGGGCAAAUCUCAAAAGAGAAAAUGAUAGUGUAAUAUAACAGUGUAAUGCUGCUAUAUAAGAGAUAAAAAUUUGUUUUUUGCUUUUUUUCUGUGCCAGGAGUCUUUCUUACAUGCAGAGUUUAUUGAGCAAUGUUUACUUAGCUAUGUUAACUUAGCUAUGUUUAUUGAGCUAUGUUUACUUAGCUAUGUUAACUUAGCUAUGUUUAUUGAGCUAUGUU